AUGGCCACCGCUCAACCUCUCGCCGCCAUCGUCAAGUCCGUCCUCUCGGGCGACACGCUCGUCCUCCGUGGCCCUGUCGUCCAGGCCGACGCCCUCCCGCGUGAAAAGGUCCUCCACCUCGCCGACCUCACCGCCCCUCGCCUCGGGUCCCGCGACCGCGACGACGAGCCGUGGGCGUUCGAGGCGCGCGACUACCUGCGCUCCCUCACCGUCGGCAAAGAGGUCUCGUUCACCGUCAGCUACACCAUCCCGACCGCCAACAACCUCGAGUUUGGCAUCGUCUACGCCCACUCGGACAGCGGCGACGACCUCGACGUUGCCGCAGAGCUCGUCCGCGCCGGCUGGGCAAAGGUCCGCGACGCCCCGCGCCGCGACCAGGCCGGCGACGACGACGAGUCGGCCCAAACGGCCUCGCGCCGCGCCUUCCUGCGCGACCUCGAGGAGGAGGCCCGCAUCCUCGCCCGCGGGCUCCACUCGACCGACCGCCCGCCCAACCGCCGCGUCGACUACUCGAUGCCGUCCGACCCUGUCGCUUUCCUCGCCCAGUACAAGGGCAAGCCGCUUGACGCCAUCGUCGAGGGCGUCACCAACGGCUCCCAGGUCCGCGCCCGCCUCCUCGUCUCGCCCGAGUACCACCAGUACGUCAACCUCGGCAUCGCCGGCAUCCGCGCCCCAAAGUCGGGCAACCUCUCGGGCCGCGACGACAACCAGAUGGCCGAGGAGCUCGGCGACGAGAGCCGCUUCUUCGUCGAGAGCCGCCUCCUGCAGCGCCUCGUCAAGGUCACCCUCCUGUCGCUCCCGACCCCGGCGCCCGCACCGGCCUCGAUCAACGGCUCGUCGUCGCCCGCCGCCCCGCCGCAGCAGGUCAACCUGUUCCUCGGCACGGUCCACCACCCGGCGGGCAACAUUGCCGCCCUCGUCGUCUCGGUCGGCCUCGCGCGCAUCGUCGACUGGCACGCCGGCUUCCUCGCGUCGUCGCCGACCCCGACCAUGAUGUCCGAGCUGCGCCGCGCCGAGCUCGACGCGCGCUCGCACCGCCGCGGCCUGUUCAAGGACCUGCCCGACCCGCGCGUCGCCGCCCAGCAGGCGGCCGCCUCGGGCCGCAGCUUUGCGGCGACCGUCACGCGCGUGUGGGGCGCCGACAUGCUCUCGAUCGUCAAGGAGGGCGACUCGUCGGCCAAGGAGCGCCGCGUCCAGCUCGCGUCGGUGCGCCAGCCGCGCCCGACCGACCCCAAGCUCGCCGGCCUCCAGCUCGAGGGCAAGGAGCUCCUGCGCAAGCGCCUCAUCGGCAAGCCCGUCCACGUCACGAUCGACUACGUCAAGCCCGCCGAGGGCGACUACGAGGAGCGCGAGUGCGCCACCGUGCGCCUGCCCGGCGCCGGCACCAACGUCGCCGCGUACCUCGUCGAGCGCGGCCUCCUCGGCGUCCUGCGCCACAAGCAGGGCGACGACAACCGCUCGAGCGACUACGACAGCCUCAUGGCGGCCGAGGCGCGCGCCAUCGAGGACAAGAAGGGCCUCCACGCGGGCAAGGACGCGCCGCCGGCGCCAAGGAUCGUCGACGCGAGCGAGUCGGCGGCCAAGGCGGCACCGUUCCUCAGCUCGUUCAAGCGCCAGGGCCGCAUCCAGGGCGUCGUCGACUAUGUCGCGAGCGGCUCGCGUUUCAAGAUCUGGAUCCCCAAGCAGGACGUCAAGCUCACGCUCGUGCUCGGCUCGAUCCGCGCGCCGCGCACGGCCCGCAACCCGAGCGAGAAGGGCGACCCGUACGGCCAGGAGGCGGCGCAGCUCGCGAGCCGCCGGCUCCUCCAGCGCGACGUCGAGUUCUCGGUCGACGCGACCGACAAGAGCGGCGGCUUCAUCGGACGACUCUUCUACAACGGCCAGGACGUCGCGACCAUGCUCGUGCGCGAGGGCCUCGCCAAGGUCGACGAGUACUCGAACGCCAAGGAGCUGUGGACCGCGCAGGAGGAGGCUCAGGCCGCUCGCCGCAACAUCUGGUCCUCGUUCGACCCGGCCGCUGCUGCCGCCGCGGCCAACGGCGCCGACUCGUCCACCGCCGGCGCAUCCACGCCUGCGCCCAAGCGCACCGAGUACCUCGACGUCGUCGUGAGCGAGGUUCGCGGCGGCACCGAGACGGUCCCGUUCUCCUUCUCGGUCCAGGUCCUCGAGGACGGCGGCAUCCCAGCGCUCGAGAAGCUCAUGGGCGACCUCACCCUGUUCCACGAGGACGACGCGCAGGCGCCCGUCCCGGGCAACUUUGUCCCGCGCUCAGGCGACCUCGUCAGCGCCAAGUUCUCGGUCGACAACACGUGGUACCGCGCCAAGGUCCGCCGGUCCAACCCGGCCAAGAAGGAGGCCGAGGUCGUCUACAUCGACUACGGCAACUCCGAGACGGUCCCGUACACGCGCCUGCGCCCUCUCGCCGCCCAGUUCAAGACGCUCGAGGGCCAGGCCAAGGACGCGACCCUGUCGUUCGUCUCGCUCCUCGACUGGCGCGUCGAGGGCUACGGCGACGAGGCCAUGGAACGCUUCCGCGAGCUGUGCGAGGGCCAGCAGCUCGUCGCCAACGUCGACGAGCGCCAGCAGCACCUCCUGUCGCUGUCGCUGUUCGACCCGGCCGACCCCAACUCGCUCGCGAGCCCGGGCAACUCGCUCAACGUGCAGUUCGUGCGCGAGGGUCUCGCCCGCAUCGACCGCCGCUCGAGGCUCCGCGACGCGUACCCGGACGUCGUCAAGGCGCUCGAGCGCGCAAAGGACGAGGCGCGCCGGUCGCGCGCCGGGUGCUACGAGCUCGGCGACAUCCUCGAGGACGACUAGGCGCAGUAUCGCUCGUCGACUCGCGCUUCGACCGCCCACAACCAAACUCUCUGCCGAUCCGCCUCUUCAGCCACGCCUUUUCCCCCGUUCCCCUCUCUCGCCCAUCUCUGUCACUCGCAUCUCCAGCAUCCUCUCGAGCCGCAUCCCCAUUUCCUCGCAGUCUCGCUCUCAAAAAGCCCGGGCGCCGUCUCCGCGGCCGCCCCGGAGCUCUCUCUCUCUCUCUUCCGUACCUCGGGCUCUAGCCCUGGCCAACGUCAUGCAACUGCAUUAUUGCGCGCCU